CAAAUACUCUUCGUAGUGCUCAACAACUUCACGUCUGUACAAUAAAUAUUAUUCCCUCCUUCAGAUAUUGCUUCUGUGCACUGUAUAUUAGCCCAUAUCAACCUCCCAUGAUUUAGAUUCCCUUGGUCACACGAGUAAUCGUACCACUCCCACGCCCCUUUCGGCCGGUCCGAAUCCUCAGCAUCUAAAGGAAAGCCACAGGGUUUCUCUAGACUCGAUGUCCUUCCAAGUCCCUCAGAAUGUCCCUUCAGUCACCAGCAACCAACGAGUCUAUGAGGAUACCUAUUGGCGCCAGAAACAAAGUAAUGGCCACGCGAGAGUUGGGUCGGCGGGAAUGGUCGCAUCCAAGAUCAACGACAUCUUUGGGGAGCACAAAGACCUCCCUAUGUACAAGGACAAACCACAUUUUCCUUCUUCCAGCCGAAGGAAGCGGAUGUUACAGCGGAAGAGAGUACUCGCCCUAAUAAUCGUUCCCGUUGUACUUUUUCUGUGGUGGAUGGGCUGGUUACCUUGGACGUCGCGCGCAGUCUACAAGCCUGCUGAACAUCAGCACUCCUUCUACAAGGAUGAGGACUGGUCAGCGCAGAGGGACGCCGUGAGGGAGGUGUUUAAAACAUCGUGGGCGGGAUAUGAAAAGUAUGCCUGGGGCAUGGACGAAUAUAAUCCUUUGACGCGCAAAGGGAAGAACAUGGUGCAAGGUGGAAUGGGUUGGAUCAUUGUGGAUGCGUUGGAUACGGCAAUCAUGAUGAAUUUGACCUCUGAGGUUGCAAAGGCUCGGGAAUGGAUAUCUACAUCUCUGUCCUACACUGCCAACCAUGAUGUUAGCACUUUUGAGACCACGAUCCGUAUGCUCGGAGGUCUUUUAUCGGCAUAUUACUUAUCGACGAGCUUUCCCAACUUGGCACCGCAACGUGACGACGAUACAAACCAACCAGGCGAGGAUCUGUAUAUUGAGAAGGCCACGGAUCUCGCAGAUAGACUCCUCGGUGCUUAUGAAUCGCCUUCGGGAGUUCCAUAUGCGUCGGUCAACCUCAACACUUCGCAAGGUAUUCUGUCUCAUCUGGAUGGCGGCGCUUCUUCGACCGCUGAGGCAGCAACACUCCAGCUUGAGAUGAAGUACCUGGCCAAGGUUACAGGUGAACCGCAUUAUUGGCACAAAGCUGAAAAGGUGAUGGAGGUCAUUGACGCACAUCGGCGAGAGGACGGCUUGCUUCCCAUUUUCAUCUAUCCUGCGACAGGCGAAUUUCGAGGCGAUAAUAUCCGGCUAGGAUCGCGUGGGGACAGUUAUUACGAAUAUUUGAUCAAGCAAUAUUUGCAAACAGGAAAAGUCGAAACCAUCUACCGAGACAUGUGGGAUGAGGCACUAGAGGGCAUCAAAAAACACUUGAUCACCUAUUCUCAACAUGCGUCAUUGACCAUCCUGGCUGAGAGGCAGAACGGACUUCAUUCACCUUUGACCGCCAAGAUGGAUCAUCUCGUUUGCUUCAUGCCAGGAACGAUCGCACUUGCUGUCACAGAGGGCGAGACCGUUGAACAGGCCAAAGCCAGACUAGGUAGUCAGUGGACGAAGAAGCACGAUGAGAACCUGAAACUUGCCGAAGAGCUCAUGAAGACAUGUUGGGGAAUGUAUAAGGUUACACCGACAGGCCUUGCGCCGGAAAUAUCCUACUUCAGGACCGACAGUCCACCAAGGCAAUGGCAAGGCCACGUCGAUCCCGACUGGACACCUCCCGUGUCGGAUGAGCUGUCAGAAGACCACAGAGCCGGGUGGAGAUCUGACUACGACAUCCAUUCCAACGACGUGCAUAAUCUGCAACGACCCGAGACGGUCGAAUCGCUGUUCUACAUGUACCGGAUCACCAAGGACCCCAAAUACCGGCAGUGGGGUUGGGAAAUGUUCGAAGCCUUCCGCGAACACACCAAGGUGAUCGACGAAGUUUCGGGAACGGUCUACGCGUACACCUCGCUCGACACGGUGAUGGACAAUCCGGUCAAAGACCGCAAACGCCGAGACAACAUGGAAAGCUUCUGGCUGGCCGAGACGCUCAAGUACUUUUACUUGCUCUUCUCGGACGACUCGUUCUUCCCGUUGGACAGCGUCGUCUUCAACACGGAGGCACACGCUUUCCCGAAAUUCGACAUCAGCGGGAGCAAGGUCUUCACGACGGGCUGGCAGAGGGCCACCGGCGAUCCGCCAAACCCGAAACCCGGCAGUGAUGGACGCGUGGUGCGCGUCGACGCACCCCAGAAGGUCGAGCGGGAGUCGGACGGUGGUGGUGGCGGCGACCAGAAGCAAAACCCUGCUGUCGCGGUGCCGCAUGAGCACGAGCACGAUGACACAAUGGAGCACGGGCACAUUGAAGAAAGCGGCGGCGGGAAGGAGCAAAUGGAACAUUCGCCGCUGGAGAACUUUAGGGAUUCACGCGUACAAGGCCGAGGAGGCCGAGUGGUUGAAUCACGCGGUCAUGGAUGAAUAAGUUUAGAAACAAGAAACAGGCCCAAGGAGAACUCGAGCAUUGGAUAAGAGAAAGGGCCGAGAAAGUGCCAUUACUUGAGCUCGAAUUGGAUAUGAAUCUAAGUCUUCCUUUUCCUUCUCCCACGUAAGUCAUUGCAUGAUGUAUCGUCGGUCCAAAGCAUAAGAAGAGGC